AAAGUAACGUAAAUUCUUUUGGAUAUUUCUUUCCACAAAUUCGAUAUUGACUCGAUUUUAUUCAAGACUCGAUUCCACCAAAUACUCGAAUUUUGUUACGUAAUAAAUAUGAGAAGAAUUCUGAGUACAAUCGCGUUUCGUGGUAUUUAAAAAUUAACAGAAUACAGCAUAAAAUAUCAUUUAACUCAAUUUUAUAUGAAGUAGCAAUAUUUUGUUUAGUAGUUUGUUUGUGCAAAUUGUUGAAGUUUUAGUCAAAUAAAAUUUUGCAUUUAAUACGUAAAUAUUUCGUGGAAAAUGUUGAAAAUUGGAAAUUUUUUAGUUUUAUUUUGUUAUUUAAAAACUGGCCAGUGCUUUUUCGAUAUUGAGGAUAUAAUAUCAGAUACUAUGACUAGAUUGCCUGAUGGUUUUACGUUGGCGUUGAAGGAUAUAGCCGAGGGUUUGCCUGCGAAAACUAUAACUGUGGUUAGAGGAGAAUCUACUAAUAUAAGAUCAAGUGACAUGUUCGAGCUGUUUUGCCUGUUAAGCGAACAUAAGAUUCAGGUAAUUAACUUGGACAUACAUACGGAAGCAAAUAAAAGCAAGUACUAUGGUUUCCUGAAAAAGGCCCUGGAUAUAUCUGAAGAGAGAACAAGUCUCAUUCUCUGCGAAUCGCAUGAGUGUGAAAAUAUACUAGUGGAGUUAACGGAUAACAAUCUAAUCCAUCGAACGAUCCUGUACAUCUUCUUCUGGCCCAGGGGGUUCAUCUCCGACAAAUUUCUGAACACCAUGAGAGAAGCUAUGAGGGUAGCAGUCAUUACCAACCCCAGGAAAAGCGUUUUCCGCGUAUACUACAACCAAGCGACGCCAAACCGCCUCCAUUACCUUUCUCUUGUCAACUGGUGGUCUGGUCGCCUGUACAAAUCGCCUGUGCUGCCCCCUGCCUAUAAGGUGUAUGAGGAUUUCAGGGGGAGAGUUUUUGAUGUCCCUGUGUUACAUGCGCCUCCGUGGCACUUCGUGAAGUACAACAACGACUCGACUGUGAACGUCACUGGAGGUCGAGACGACAAAUUACUAGCACUGCUUGCUAACAAACUCAACUUCAAAUAUAAAUAUUACGAUCCACCAGACCGGAGUCAGGGUUCAAGCAUAUCAGGCAACGGAACCUUCAAAGGUACCCUCGGAUUGAUUUGGAAACGUAAGGCAGAUUUCUUCGUGGGAGACGUGACAAUGACGUGGGAGAGGUUGCAAGCUGUGGAGUUCUCAUUCCUAACGCUAGCUGACUCUGGGGCAUUCCUCACUCAUGCACCCGCCAGGCUCAGCGAGACGCUUGCUAUCAUCAGGCCUUUCCGAUGGGAGGUCUGGCCCCUGGUGUGCGCAACAAUCCUCGUCACAGGUCCUGCUCUAUGGUUCGUCAUCGCCGCUCCGUCUCUCUGGCAGCGACGCCGUCGGAACCAGCUGAAUCUCCUCAACAACUGCUGUUGGUUCACCACUACCUUAUUUUUGAGACAAUCUUCUACGAAAGAGCCAUCGAAGACGCACAAGGCUCGCUUAGUCUCCGUCCUGGUUUCCCUCGGAGCUACGUACGUCAUUGGAGACAUGUACUCAGCUAACCUGACCAGCCUUCUAGCAAGGCCGGCGAGGGAACAGCCAAUAGGAACUCUUCAAGCCUUGGAAGAAGCUAUGAGGGACUAUGGGUACGAGCUAGUGGUGGAGCGACAUAGCUCUUCAUUGACUAUUUUGGAGAAUGGGACAGGCGUAUACGGGCGUCUCGCUAAACUAAUGCGGCGACAACGCGUCCAGCGCGUGCGCAGCGUGGAAGUAGGGGUCCGUCUGGUGCUGUCCCGCCGACGCGUCGCCAUCUUGGGAGGCAGGGAGACUCUGUAUUAUGACACUGAGAGGUUUGGAUCCCACAAUUUCCACUUGAGCGAGAAGCUAUACACUCGGUACUCCGCGAUAGCUCUGCAGAUCGGCUGCCCUUAUCUUGAAACCUUCAAUAACGUGGUAAUGACACUAUUCGAAGCUGGCAUCCUUGCAAAAAUGACAACCGACGAGUACAAGAACCUUCCAGAACAAUCGAGAAGGUCGGAGCCUGUGACAGAGAGUGACAGAGAAAACAGCGAGAUUUCCGGAGACUCACCAACGGCCUCACAAACUCAAACAGAAUCAACGAAGGGUUUGGAGCCUGUGUCCUUGGUCAUGUUGAGGGGAGCAUUCUGUCUGCUUGGCAUCGGGUACCUCGUGGCAGCUUUAGCCCUGGUUGUGGAGAUACAAGUGUACCGACGAAGCAAGUUGCGGACACAGAAGCUAGAACCAGUUGGAAGGAAGGUGUCUACAAUCAGCGCUCUAGGGGAAGUGAGGAAACGAGUGAGGGGGACAUUUAGGAAGAUGGUUCGAUCUGUUUAUGAUUAUAUCGAUAGGGCAUUAGGUCCUGCUGCCCACUAAUAUUUUUGGCACACAUUAUAUAUUAACCAUGGUCUCAGUGUUGGGCAAAAUACUUGUUGGCUUCUGUCUCUUUCUUCCAUGACGCUCGGUCCAGUGCUAUAUCGCACCAUCCUUUGUUGAACUUAUUCAGUUCGUCACUCCAGCGCAUCUAUGGAUGGCCCGCGCCUAUUUCCAAAAAAUAUUUGCGCUGAAAAUUGGCAUUUUUGUACUCUCACUAGAGCAAAAAUAUCCUAGAUUCAAAGUAUUAAUUAACCAAUAUGCCCUAAAGCACACGAAUGUUUCAUAAGGAUGUGCGGUUUUUCUGUAAGUUUGUGUAUAACAGUUUAAUUAACAAUUUAUCUAUGUAGUACACUCAAUAUAUCUUGCAUACCAGCAACAAUUUUGAUUAGAUUUUUUUCAGCCAACUUAAGUAGAAAAAUAUAUAUUCUGUUUUCACAAUAAAGCUUUUCUCACUAUCACAGUGUAACUAAAAUCUAAGAAAUUCUUUAACACAUUCAGUAUGAAAGCAUUUCUUGUACGUUUUAGAAAUAUAUCCACUUGUAAAUAUGAUUUUCCUGAAAUAGGAUUAGACCCUAAGCUUAUACAACCGCCCAUGCAUUGACUCUGAACUGCUUUCUACGUAUUUAUAUCUGUGUGAUUUGUCCUAUAAUAUUUAUUUAUUAAUAUUUUAUAUAUAUAUUCAGUAAUAUCAUAUUUAUUUUUAUU